AUGCAGCGGCUGAGACUGUACCGACCCUUGGAAGUGCCUUUGGCCAGUAAGAAGGAGCACUCAGAGACCUGUGGGAUCCACGUGGAGGAGGCUGCGUGCAUUGGUCCCAUGGGCACGGUGUUCACUGUCUGGUGUGUUCUUGACCCUGCUGGCCUCUCCCUGAUGGCCACGGGGAAUGGUAGUAUGGUGACCGAGUUCCUGCUCAGGGGCUUUUCGAAUGACCCGACCUUGCGGUUGGUCAGCGCUGCCUGCUUCCUGCCUAUCUACCUGUUUGCCCUGCUGGGCAACGCCUCGAUCGUUGCGGCUGUGAGCCAGGAUGGCCGCCUGCACACGCCCAUGUACUUCUUCCUGAAGAACCUGUCUUUGCUGGACAUGUGCUACACCUCGGUCACCCUCCCCAAGGCCAUCGCCAAUGGCUUCACUGGCUCUGAGCACAUUUCCUUCGCCGAGUGUGUUGCUCAGCUCUACCUGUUUGUCACGCUCUGUGCAUCGGAGUGCUUCCUGCUGACAGCCAUGGCCUAUGACCGCUGCGUGGCCAUCCAGAGGCCACUGCACUAUGGGGUCCUGAUGGGCAGACAGCGAUGUCUGCUGUUGGUCCUUGUGGCCUGGCUGGCUGGUGCGCUCUACGCCAUCUUCCACACCAACAACACCUUCUCCCUGCCCUUCUGUGGGCCCAAUGUCAUUGAGCACUUCUUCUGUGACAGCUCCCCUCUCAUGAGACUGUCCUGCACUGACCCUCACAUCCACGAGGAGAUGGGCUUUGUGGUGGGGGGCUGCAUCAUCCUAAGCGCCUUCGCCCUCACGGCCUUCUCCUACGCACUCAUAAUCAACACCAUCGCCCAGAUGCCCUCUGCAGGUGGCCGCCAGAAGGCCUUCUCCACCUGCUCCUCCCACCUGGCCACUGUCUUUCUCUUCUACAUCACUGGGAGUUUGGCCUAUCUCAGCCCCACCUCUCAUUAUUCCCCCACCCAGGGACGGCUGGUGGCCGUGUUCUACUCUGUCCUCACGCCCAGCAUGAACCCUGUGGUCUACUGUCUGAGGAACAAGGACAUGCAGGCUGCUCUGAAGAAGCUCUUUGGCUCUUCAAAGUAG